ACAGCGACAGGGUUAGCCACAGUCAGUAUUAGAAACUACAGUACAAAAAUAUCGUUAACCCACCAUGGAAAAAGGUGCUUCCAAUAAACUGAUGACGCUGAUGAGCUACGCAAGACUUGCUGGUAAAGUAGACUCAUCCAAAGAGGAAACAGAAUCCACCGAGCCAAGUACUGCUAGUGGUCCCAAGCCACCUAACAGAACGGAGGCCCCCAUAGACCAGUCUCGGCACUUGAAGAUAUUUACUGUGGGAUUUAUUCUGUGUCAAGUAGUGGGAGUUUUGUGUGUGGCACUGGUUGGGGCUUGGACUGGUCAUUAUUUUGGUGGGUUUGCUUGGCAAAGUGACCCACGUUUGCAGUUUAACUACCACCCGCUGUUCAUUGUCAUAGGACUAGUCUUCCUAUAUGGAAAUGCUAUUCUUGUGUACCGAGUGCUGCGAAAUGAAAGAAAGGAAAUACUGAAACUGGUCCAUGCAGGAAUACACACGGUGGUAUUUAUCUUUACAGUUGUGUCACUGAAAGCAGUAUUUGACUCUCACAACUUGGCAGUAAAGCCUAUACCCAACAUGUUUUCUCUCCACAGUUGGUUAGGCUUAGCAGCUGUUGUUCUGUUUAGUUUACAGUUUGUAUGUGGAUUUGUGUCAUAUUUGUUUCCUGGAUUGGCUCUUUAUUGGAGAGCAUUGUACCUUCCAUUUCAUGUGUAUUUUGGAGUUUUGAUCUAUAUAUUGGGACUAGCAUCUACUUUGACAGGGAUUACAGAGAAACUAAUCUUUAACAAGAACUACAAGGACUUGCCAGAAGCUGCAGUUUUAGGAAACAUACUAGGAAUGGCUCUAGUUUGUCAUGGAAUCUUGGUUGUCUACCUUGUAACUGCUCCACAGUUCAUACGGCAACCUUUAACAGAAGAAGUAAAUCUAACACCUGAUUCUUCUGUCAAUUAAAUCAGUUUUGUAACUUUUGUAAUCUGAUUAAGUUGCAUCACAUUAUCCUGUCCUUUAAGUCAGACUCUAAUUCUUUCAUAUCUUGGCUCUGAUGUCAAUUGUUUCAUCAUUGUAGCUUACAUUUCCUUAUUUUAUAUGUUGCUUCAGCAUUCUAGCUUACACAUAAUUUCCAUGACUGAUAGCUCCACUUUUGACUUGAGAUGUUUUCUAAUGUCUUGAAUUUCAGUUAUCGAAGUGAAUCUUUUAUUCUGUAGUUGAUUUUUCAGUUUUUCUCUUUGACAUCACCUUUAGCUAAUAUUGCUGUUUUUAAACUGAAAACCCUUAAUUUAUUACUUGCUGUUUAUGCUGUUAUGGCCUCCAAGAACUUUUUAUCAAGUAUUGCUUUUUUUAGUACAGUGAUCAGUCAGUGUUUGUUUUUUUAUGCAUGCCAGUCUAUCAUAUCAUUAAAAAUUGCAUUUAUACUUGUCAAACAGAGAGAAAGAGAAUGUUUUACUUUAUAACAUAUCUGCAGAUGUGUUUGAAAAUUAUCUUCAACUUUUGAUAUGAGUUAUUGAGAUGAAUGGCAGUAGUUUUAUGUUUCUCUUCAUGGCAUUGUGUUGUGAUUUAUGGCCAUUUUUAUGUCUUUCAUUGAUGUUCAAGCUGAAAAAGAAAUAGAUAAAUUAUUACUAAUUAUAUAAACAGGAUAAACAGAGUUU